UCUCACUGGGAUGGUUUGACUGGAAGACUGUCCUUCAACAAAACAACUGGUCUACGCACAGACUUUGACCUGGAUAUUGUCAGCCUGAAGGAGGAUGGCCUUGAAAAGGUGGGGAAGUGGAGUGUAUCAGGAGGUCUUAACAUCACAGAAGUGCCGAAGCGAAAAGGGAUGAACAUCACAGAUUCCCUGGCUAACCGGUCUCUGGUUGUCACCACCAUUCUGGAGGAGCCAUAUGUCAUGCUUAAGAAGUCUGACAAGGCGCUGGUUGGGAACGACCGUUUUGAAGGAUUCUGCAUCGACUUGCUGAGGGAGUUGGCCAACAUCCUGGGCUUUACGUAUGAAAUCCGCUUGGUGCCGGAUGGGAAGUACGGCUCUCAGGAUGACAAGGGCCAGUGGAAUGGCAUGAUUAGGGAGCUUAUAGAACAUAGAGCAGACUUAGCAAUGGCCCCUCUCACCAUUACCUACACGCGUGAAAAGUUCAUUGACUUCUCCAAGCCUUUCAUGAGCAUGGGGAUCAGCAUCCUGUAUCGCAAACCCAACACCACCAACAGCGGCUUUUUCUCCUUUCUGAACCCCAUGACUCCAGACAUCUGGGUGUACAUUCUCCUGGCCUACCUGGGUGUUAGCUGUGUUCUUUUUGUCAUUGCCAGAUUUAGCCCGUAUGAAUGGUAUGACGCCCAUCCCUGCAACCCUGGCUCAGAUGUGGUGGAAAACAACUUCACGCUCCUCAACAGCUUCUGGUUCGGAGUCGGUUCCCUAAUGCAACAAGGCUCAGAAUUGAUGCCCAAAGCCCUGUCAACCAGGAUCAUCGGUGGAAUCUGGUGGUUCUUCACACUCAUCAUCAUAUCUUCUUACACAGCUAAUUUAGCUGCUUUUCUCACUGUGGAGAGAAUGGACUCACCUGUGGACUCAGCUGAUGACAUUGCCAAACAGACCAAGAUUGAGUAUGGUGUGGUUAGAGACGGRGCAACAAUGGCUUUCUUUAAGAAAUCAAAGGUUUCAACAUUUGAGAAGAUGUGGGCUUUUAUGAGCAGCAGGCCAAGAACAUCACUGGUGAAGUCCAUUGAGGAUGGAAUUCAGAGGGUGUUGAAGUCAGACUAUGCACUCAUUACAGAGUCCACCACUAUUGAUUACAUCACCAGGAGAAACUGUAAUCUGACACAAGUGGGAGGGCUUAUUGACAGCAAAGGCUAUGGCAUCGGUACUCCCCUCGGCUCACCGUACAGAGACAAAAUCACUAUAGCUAUCCUCAGUAUGAUGGAGGAUGGGCUCCUGCACAGUCUGAAAGAAAAGUGGUGGAGUGGGAACAGCUGCUUAGAUGAAGAGCGUCACGAGACGGGCCCCAUGGGGAUCCAGAACCUGGGUGGUAUAUUUAUUGUGCUGGCUUCUGGCCUGGUGGUGUCUGUUUUUGUGGCAAUCGCUGAAUUCAUCUACAAGCUGAGGAAAACUGCGGAACGAGAGCAGAGGUCUUUGUGCAGCGCCAUGGUGGACGAGAUCAGACUGUCGUUCACCUGCGAGAGGCGGGUGAAACACAAGCCUCAGCCUCCGGUCAUGGUGAAGACGGAUGCAGUGAUCAACAUGCACGCCUACAACGACCGACGACUCCCAGGAAAGGACAACAUGAGCUGCAGCACUGGGAUGACCCCUGUGUUUCCAUGACACUGUGCUCCCCGCAGGGCAAGAACCUCGUCAGCAACAUAUCGGGGACGGUGCCGGAGCCUAGAGACAAUGGCAUAGAUGGCAUCACCAGAUACACCAUCAACCACAGUGACAUAGGAACACUCACUAAACAUGGCCAACUCAAAAUGGCAGCGUCAGCCACACAGGUAUGACAAGUCACCACUGCAUUCAAAUAAAAUAAGUAUUUUGGAAGGUCCUGGGGGAACGGAAAGAGCAUACCUGGUAAAGGAGUACACCCAAAUACGAGUCAAUUUCAAGUCUGAUGUUUACG